AUGAGUUCCGCUGCACCUAGCAGCUCGGGCGAACUUCUGACAAGCCCUGAAAGUGUCUCGACAAGCCUGCUAGAAGGUAUUUUAUGUUUUUUACUUCUAGUGCUGAUUUCUGGGUAGAUUCGUAAUAUAGGAUUCCAUGCAGCCGGGCCACAGUGUCGGACUGAACUCUCUGCUUUAUCAUAGAAGAAUUAGGAAUAUUGCAUUUUAAUACUUUUAUGGCUAUAUUUUACAUUUUACGCUUUUAUAUUUUAUAGUUUCAAUUUUGGUAAUGUUUACAGUGGCUGACUAUACGAAUUUACAGAACUAUCUGAAAGUGAAAGCGGAAAUUUGUGGGCUAUUUAUUGCAUGCAUGCUCGACUUCAUGGAACAUUUUAUGCAAAUUUCCUUGAACUUACUCGAUCUCACUUGUCAACAAGUGAGAUCUCGGUACAUGGGAAAACUUUUUGUCUCAUAUGAACACGGUGUCGGUAACUUUUCAUAUUAUUUUCAUACUAAGGCAAGAUCUCCCUUGUAAAUGUGUUGAAAAGUUACAGGCGGAUUGAAGCUAGACUGGAAAUUCACUGAAUUAUAUACUGAAUGUCAUAGAUAGUAUUGAUGUUUUGUCAGUUUGUUUUUGAAUGUAACUGUUAGACUAGUUUACAAAGACAAAGUUAAUUUAUAUAUCAGGAUAUUUUGGGCACUGUCUCACUCAAUUGGACUAAAGUUGAUGGGUUUUGUAGAUGGAAAUAUCGAUGGAAAUUUUUUACGUGCCACCCUAGACCUAGUAUAUAUACGUGAACUUGUGGUUAAAGUUCAACAACUGGACUCUGUAGCUUGGUUAGAGCGCUGCACUGGAAUCUCAGGUUCGAUUCCUGCCAGAGGGGUUAUAGUUGCAUUUUUUGCCGCUGCUCCUGGGUAGAUCUAAAUAAACGUAUAAAAUGUAUACUCCAUAUUUCCAUCUACAAAACCCUUCAGUGUUAAUAUAAAUCAGUGACUGAGCUUUUAGCCACAUAAUAAAUAUUUAUUUAUCAAGCUUGUUCGGCCUCGCCUACUGCACAGUCCAUUCAUUACUACAAUAGCGAAAAGGAACGCAAUCAAUAUCCUUCUGUCUGACCAUACACUCGGUUAAUGUCAUAAGGUGAUUGUGCCUCUCAUGUCCAAGAGGCUGGUGUUUGUAGAGUUGAACCAAAAACUAGCAAGGUGGUUGUGGUUCUCGGCAUGGUGGAAAAAGUAAACAACCAUGCAAACGGAAAUAAAAGAUUUCUCUCAUACCAUUACUUAUAUAAAAAAACCGGUUCUAAAUAAUUGUUUUUAAUUACACCUUUUGGGGCCCUUCUUUUGCAAAUUUUGGGGCCCUUUAACAGGGGCCCCGGGGCAAAUUGCCCCGUUUUCACACCCCCAUGCCAGCCAGAGGCUGGUUGCAGUGCUGGUGAACAAGAAUGUGGAAGCUGUGGUUUUUAGUCAUGUUGAACAAACAAAACAGGCAGUUAGAAAUCCUGUAAUUUCUGAUGUUUCAGAGGCUCGUUGCAGUGGAGUUGACCCAGAAACUAAGAACAAGGUGGUUGUGGUUGCUACUCAUGUUGAACAAACAAAACACGUUGAAAAUCCUCUUGCUAAAACAGACAUUGAAGUUAUCGAAAACCUGCAACAGUUUGCUGCAACAGGAUCUGUUGAGAAGACGAGGAAUGAAUGCAAGGAAAGUGAAAGAAGGGCUAGGGAUGAAGAGGAAAGUGUUAACAUAUCAGCAGAACUCAGAGAGAAGGAUAAUCCCGAGAAUUUUUUUCCAAGUGGCAGUGAAUCGCCAAAUUCACAGAACGAAAAGGUACAGUAAAUGCACAGCCAUCAUCAAGUAGAGCUUUUUCCUAUACUUACCUGGUUUGGACGUCAAUCGGAGUAACCAGGGGCGUACCGAGCGGGGGGUGUGGGGGGUGCGAGACCGAAACUUCGUCGGUAAAUCCGAGAUUAUGUACGAAAAACGUAAUCACUUGUAGGUAAAUUGAUUGGAAAUGGUCGGUAAAUUGAGAAUUUUUAACCCCCCCGCCCUUCGUCGACUCUAAUUUUCAUGCAUCGGUAAUUUCGAUCCCAGAACACCCCCAUCCCCACUCGGAAUGGUCCCGGUACGCCACUGGGAGUAACACCUAGUGCUCCUGCGAUUAGGAACUCAUCUCCUGUAGCUUUUUACAUUUUAUGUCAUUUCUUUCUGUAGAAAAAGUCGGACGAUGACUCCUAUUCCUCUACAGGACCUGAAAGUAAAACUGAAAAGUCGGAAUUAAGGCAUGAAUCAAGAAACAGAAAUGACGAAAUGGUAACAUGAUUAAUCCUUUAGCAGCUAAUAAUUUAUAUUAUUACUGGAUUUAUUUUUUCUCAAUUGUGAUUGGCUGCUUCAGCUGCAUAUAACUACUUGCAAAAAAUGUUCUGCACAUGCGCAUUUCACAAAAAAAUUGCUCAGCUGCAAAUAAUGAUCUGCUCAUGCGCGUGGGCGAGUGAGGUUUGAGCUGCUUUGAAACUUUAUUAUAUACGUGUAUGUGUGUACAACCUGUCGGCGAUGACAACUGCAUGUAAAGUGCAUUGGUGAAGUUCAGAAAUCGGUUGUAUUUAAUUAUUAUAAAGCAAGGUAUUGAGUAUACAGUAUUAUUAUCGUCCGUGUGAAUUUAUAUAAAGCUAUAAAUGGAAGUGGACAAAAUGUGCCAAAAUAUAUAACAGAAUUAGUACAAUCGUUCAUGAAAUUUUGUCUUACAGAACUAGAUGUAAUAUUUCAAAUCCGACUAUUCGGACUGGACUAGAUUUCAAGUUCGCACAAUUUCGAGGCAAAGCAGAGGACUGAGUCAAAUUGCAAGGACUUGAAAUCUAGUCCAGCCCGAAUUGGAGGAUUUGGAAUAACAUCUCAAACGAGUGAAUCACUACAUAAUGUGAGGUGAAUUAAUUUUGAUCCAUGCAGUCCAAGGACUGAAUUAAUUUUGAUCCAGUCUAGGACUGGACCAAUAUACUUCACCAGGUAUCCAGUAUUAUCAUGUGAGCAAAAUAAAAUAAUAUGGCUGCAUGGAUAAUUUCCUCAUGGAUUAUGAAUGAGUUUGAGAUGUAAUAUUUCCCUUGUAAAAAAUUGGAGGAAAUACACUUAUUCAGCAAGACUGAAAUAUUACUAAUUCCUGCGAAUAUAAAUCCAUACGGCUGCGCAUGGGCUUUGAUUUUUACAGUAAUUUCCCACAUUGUAACAAUAUCAAAACUGUACAAUAUAUGCUAUCAAACCUAAUAAACUAUAAGAUACUCACUUCUUAUGCGGAAAUGCAUAAUUUGUAAUAAGUGAUUCCCAUGAAGUGAAAAUCCGUACGGCCGUACGUGGGUGUUGAUUUUUACAAACACAAUAUAAGAUAAAAUUGUGCAAUAAUAUAAAAACUAAAAGACCAAGAAAAACUCACUUUUCCGAAAUUUAGGGUGUCCUAAAAUAUCUACAAUAUCUUUAACAUCUACUACAUCUUCCAUUACUAAAUAAUUCUACUACUUUUAUUUAAAACUAUUCAAACAUUCGUUGUUACUCUGAGUUUCAUGCCCUUAGGCAAUCUUCAGACAACUAAAAGGUUCCGUUAGUUCAACUAUGUUACAAUAUAUAUGUUACAGUCUGUAAGAACAGGAUGUAACAUAAUGUGCCAGUAUUACUGUUAGUUACACAAUGUCAGGGUUUCCAAAAGCAGGCGGCAUCCGGCGAUUUUCGCCGUUUAUAUCGUAGACAAUCGCCAGCUAUUUCUAAGGAUUAUAAACCAAAACAUUUCCUCCUUACCAAAGAAAUGUCAAGGAAAAGAUUUCUUGCUUUUAUAACAUAAAUUUUACAUGAUAUUCUUCGCUAAAUAUUUGGAUAUGACAAGAUCUAUAAAACUAGUCUCCAAAAGAAUGGCUGGAAAUGCUAUUUCAUGCAGGUGGUCUAAACUCCAAAAUCUUCAUGGUGAACCCCCCUUGGUCGAAUCCCCCUUGGUCGAAUCCCCCUUGGUCAGGUACCUCAGCCCCACAUAGCCACCUACUUCUUUCAAAAAGCCUCCUAUAUACUCCAAAUUCUAUUGGGAACUGUGCAAUGUUGUCAUCAGUUCUGUUGAAUGCUGUUAAAGAGCUUACAUGUUUAUCGGUGUUGGUAUUGCAUGCGGAGAGUAUAAGGGUUCUUGCAAAAACAUUAAGUGGACACGUUGCAAAGAAACCUUAACAUUUUUAAACUACACUGUUUUUAGACUGGUUUGGCCAACAUGCAUGUAUAGUCAUAAUGAUUAUAUAAUGAUAAUUACGACCAUGUUUAUAACAUGAAUACAUACUGCAUGAUUAUGAUUCAAUAAAAUCAUUAAUUUAUCUUGGAAUUAUCCAACACCAAACAGACAAGACGAAUGUUUUAAUACAGAUAUUGAAAGGGGAAAUGUGUUGAGACAAAAUAUGACAGAGACUCAAACGCGGGCAAACACAGGAAGUUUGGUUAAUAGGAAAGCUGCUGAUCCCGUGGGUAUAACUAUAGGACUGCUAUAGAUACAACAUAAUAUAAUGGUGUAGUAAAUAUGGGCUAAUGGUCUAUUGAAAAGCUGGAAGGCUGUCACAGAAUUUCUAGCAAGGAAGCUAAUUUUGUUGGUACAUAGGGAAAAUUGCCCUUAUCAUGUUCUAUAAAUAUAGAUCAUGGAUUGAUGUACAUUAAUAUGGAAACUGCGGAUACAACUACCUGAAAAAUACAAGGAGAACUUCGAUGUUUCGAGCGAAGACCCCUCGUCGGGAACGUAGUAAUUUCCUUCGCUCGAAACGUCGAAGUUCUCCUUGUAUUUUUCAGGACAAGGUAGUUGUAUCCCUACCAAUCCGCAGUUUCCUGAUUAUUGGCACUAUCUAUACUGGUACAGACCAUUCGAGUACAUUAAUUAUGACUUCAUUAUUCUAGAGAUAUUUGAACAUGAUUUACCCAGGCGGAAUGGCAUCAAGUACCAAAGAGACAGCACAAUCUAGGACAAAUAAUGGUAAACCUUGUGUAUUGUUUCAUCGAGUGUGGCCAUAAUAGGGAGUUGUGCAGAAAUGGUCUUGUUGUGGGAAGAAGUUUACCUAUGAAAUUUGUCGGCGCAUGCAUUGGUAGCUGUAGGUCCCUUAUAAUAGUAGGAGAGGGUUAAAGAAAAAUAGGAAGAAACCUCCUCCUAAAAAUAACACCUUGUAAACCCAAAAUAUGAGUUAAGACAAUUAACAACUACUCAUGCAUGUUCAGUAGUAUAGUAAAGUGCUAUUUUAUUGCAGCCAGUUGAAUGGUAAGAAAAUGGUUAAUGAUGCUGAAAUUUUUAUUAUUCACACUCUAGCUUUUACAAUGUCUUUGCCCUGGAUGUAUGGAGACAGAUCUUAUUUGCAGGCCAGUAAACAAGGUAAAUGGUUCCCAAUCAAAAACCAACUGAACGUUGUAACACGGCAAUAGUUUGAAAAAAAAAACACAAUGUAUAAUCAGUGCCAUGCAUGGGAAGUGGGGUGAUGGAGAUGGCAUAGGUGAGACAUGAGACCUCCCAAUGAAAUGGUAAAAGGACCCUUUUUCCUAGUUUUGCAUGUUCCAUUUACAUGACUACCAACUACUUUCUAAUUACGUUAUAAAUGGCUGCAGUACUGUACCUAUCUUACCGAAAAAAGACUACACGGGUACGUUUUGCUCUAUGAAGCUUUGCUCUAAAAAAAACACAUUGUUAUACUAUAUAUAUGGUAACACCCUGGGCACGAGUGGCACGGGUAUCAACAACUCCAUAGUCUCCACUCAGAUGAGUUCCAAGCUAUUGCAAAGUAUAUAGUCAUCCAGCCAGGUGGCCGGGGUGGCAUGUGGCCACGCCACGGGUGUUUCGCAUGUACAUUUCCUUUAUUCUAAUUUGUUAUAUAUGGCUUGGUUUGCGAGCGGUUCGUAUCGCGUUUCCUUGCAGUUAUCUGAUUGGUUUCUCAACGGUCAUCACAAAACGAUCAUUAUCAAAUCAUCAAAAAUUGUAAAGUUGCGUUUCAAGCUAGUCGCAAGUAAACUGAGAAACAGGAGACAGUGCAACUGUUUGAACAUUGCGUUGACGUAACGUCCUCGAAACAACAACCUUUUACUUGUCUGCUCGAGCGAGUCCAAAUAUCGUUCCAGUGAUCGAUCGACUUCGACUAAACUACCGUCACCUCAACAUUUUUAACAACUAAAAGCCAAGUCAUAUCAUCGCUAGUUUCUUAACCUUGUUUGUUCAGUCUUUGCGGAAAAAUUAUUCUGCUGUUGCUGUUCGCAUCUCGGUCUGUACUAAUCAAAUUAUCGCGGACUUGAUAUGGGAUAAUUGUCCGUAAAGACUUCACAAGUGGUAAAUGAACUAGCACAAUAUUCCAAAAAGACAUGCAAAAGUCAUAAUAUUUGAUAAACUCCUCACUAACGUCGCACUCGGUUCAUAAGACCAUAUUCUUUUUAUGCAACAGAUUUUCAAAGGAUCUUUUUGCCCAGAAGUGUUGGCGGACAGAAUGAAGCAGUUGUGGAGGUAUUAAAAAGCUUUAUCAGUUUAUCUUCUGACGUUAAAUGCGAGUGCAGCUAUCGCUUGUCAUCGUUAAACACCUGUGUAAUUCUAAAAGUUCACUCGCACUUUUCACCUUGACCUGAAUGCAAGCGUGCGAAAUAAUCGAUGGCGACUGAGCACGGAAUGCUUGCUUCCAGUUGCAUUUAAUUGUGGUCAAACAACUCACAAGUCACCGCACUGUGGCCAAACAACUCACAUUUACUCACACAUAUUAAACCUUCUGAAUGUUUAAAGGCCGGUCGCCAUUUUGAUAAGUGUAUCAGUAAACACUUAAUUAGACAAUCACAGACUACGUAUUUGACCAACAAUGCUUGUUGAUGUUUAAAAAAGGCGUGGAACUAAACCCAUAGGCGAAAACUUUGUUGGACAGGCAAGUCUCUUGAAUAUGACUUGGCAAAGAUCAGAAACACUUGUCAGUAAGCCAAAAUCACUAAAUUUGAGAACAAUCACGAGAAAAAACGUAGCUUUUUCAUUUAGUAAUGUUUGAGAAGCUCAUUUAACUUUUAGUACAGUAUAACAGUGAGGUUUUUUGAUAACAAACGCGGAAUUUGAAACAUGAGAGAGAGAAACAUGACUUUUGGUCAAAGACUUGUUUUUUCGAGCCCUGCUACCAAGAUGAUUAGGGAGUUUACGAUUCAUGACACGGGUCAGCUCGACGACGUCGAGUCAAAUUAUGCUUGAAAUAAGCCACAGGAAUUUAACUAUGCUGCUUUAAUUGUCUAAAGCGUGUUUUAAUAAUCUUACAAAUGUUUAAAUUGGCCUAAACUACUCCGAUGUUUAGCUGAUGUUGUCAUUCUGUCAACGUUAUGAAACAACUCCCAUGUCGUAACGAGCUUUGAUAUCGCUAGGAAGGCGUGAAAAUUACUCGUUUGACGGUGUCCCAAGAAUGACAACGCUGUUGAAAAAAACAUUUUAAUCUACAAAUUAUUCAUCCCUUUUGUCUCGCAUGACGUAUUUCUUUGUUUUGCAAGCGCGUCGUCGAGCUGGCCGCGUCGUGUGACGUCGACGUCGUAGACCUUAAGCUAUCUAAUAUAAGACAGUCGACACAAGAUAGUUGAUGUGGGACAAAAUUAUUAGGGACCUGCAGUCCAGUUCUUUCAACGAGACUGUUCUGCAGACCUAAUUUUUAGAGAGUUUUUCCCAUUACGUGAUAGACUUGUGAGAAUGAUAAACCUGCCCAAAUUUUGGGUAAUUUGCUAACUCUUUACAAAUUGUUUGCCUUACGAAGGUGAUUAAUAACACUUUCUUCAGAGUCUAUUCCUAGGCUGAGGAACCAGUUUAGACAUAAAUAAACGCAUCAGCUGUAUAGUAUUCCCAAUCAAUAAAUAUAAACGGUAUUAUUCGGACUUGUGCGAGAACUCGCUAUAGUCGCACGCAAGAUAAUUAUGAAGAAAAGUUCAUACUGGUAGUCUAAUUUCUAAUUUUAUUUGUGACUCAAUUCCUUGUUUUGCAAGGUACGCGUUGUGCUGCGCAUGCUCAACGUUGCUCACCGCCAUUUUAUACGAAAUUGUUUGCCAUGAAUAUAACUGACAGGAAUGUUCUUGAGGUAUUUAUUUAAUUGUAUGGCUUCGUAUUUUUCAGUAUUCCUCUGUUGAAUUGAUUGAGAUAGCGAAACUAGCCUUGAAAAACGGAGAGUUGGAGAUUGCAGAGAAACACUGCUCUAAGGCCAUACGAAAACAAAAGUUAGAAAAUGUCCCAAGUGAAAAGAUCUGGGAGCCUUAUCUCUACUUGGGAGAAGUCCUGGAAAGAAAAGCUGCAAAAGAUGACGUCGAGUUACUGCAGAAUCAGAGACUCCUUCUUCAAGCUGCAGCAUUAUUCAAUUUCACAAAAAACUGUGCCAAGAGAGUUAUCAUCGAAAGCGACUUUUCGGUUGAAAUGAUGAAGAGGAUCUCUCGUAAACUACUGGACAUCCAAGACAACUUAGUGUUAGUGGUUGGAGGAAAUCCCCUCCGAUGUAAUUUCGAUCCAGAAAAUAACAAGAAGGAUUUGGAACAAUUACGAAAUGAGGUAAAAGUUUGUUUAGGAUCCCUAAACUGUGAUACAAGCCCAGAAGUCCAAGAAGUGAACCAGGAAGAUCUGCGAAACAAAUUUGUGGAAGAAACGGCCGAGAUUAGAAAUUUGUGUAGAAGAGUCUCAUCAAGAGUGAAACAAUUCUUAGCAAGAAUCAUCAAAGGAUGCAUCGACGUCUUGGGAGAUCCGCCGUGUGAUUACGAAGUUAUUGUUCUUGGGUCUUUAGCGCGGGACGAAAUGACGCCAUACUCAGAUCUUGAAUGGGCCAUAUUAAUAAGUUCGGAAGAAGAUAAGUGUAAAGUUUUCUUCCGUAAUUUAACCAACCUGGUUCAUUUGCAGGUGAGUACUGUAGUGGAGGUGUAAGUGAAGUAGAAGCUGAACGAGAAGUGGAAAUGAAAGUGGAAGCUAAAGUGGAAGUUUAUCUGAACGCGGAUAUGGAAUAUGAAUUAGAAGUGAAAGUGGUAAAUGAAGUGAAAGUAGAGUGGCGCGGUGGAGCGAAGCGAAGGAGCCCGGCGAAGGGGUGCAGAGGGCAGAGAUAGAAGCGAAGAAGAAAAAAAAGGGGAGGUGUGGAAAAGAAUAAAACAAGAAUAAACGAUAACAGGCCGAAUAUUUUCUUAAAGAAUGUGUGUCAACCUCAUUGUUAUUUUUCACAUCUUACCUUGGGAGUGAUUCAAUAGCAACAAAUGACGAUGAAAGAUAUUUCUUUGUUGCAGUUUCAGUAUAAAUAAAUUAAAAUGAGCAAGUAUACCCAUAGGAUGGUUGAAGUAUAUUAUGGAUUUAAAACAGAAACCUCUAUUAGUCGGCCAUUAAAAUGGACGCGAAGUAGGUUUGAGCGUGGAAAGCAUGACGGUUGACACAUUUGUCUGUUGUACUGUAACUGACAUCAUAGUUCAGAUGUUAUGAAUGGCAUUGCAAGCCAAACUGGACAAAAUUGUAUCGAACACUCUAAGUGAUGAUCAAGAAAUGAGAGUCAUAGUUGAAAACAGUCGCUUUUAGAUGAGAAUUAGAUUAGAUUACGAUUAUUCAGCUCACUCCCCAUCGGGGCUUUUCAGUGACCGAUUACACUAAGUAUUACGCUAAACUUAUUUAUAAUACCUAUACUUAGCCUACACACGUAAAAACGCUCAGGUUGAUGCAAUAUUGAUGAAAACAGGAUUGAACACUGCAUGUUUUGCUGCCAACAUUGUUCACAAUAUUGUUACCCGUUGUAUAAAAAAGUGAUUAAAGUUAACUGUAGUUAGUGGAAACGUCAUCCAAUAAGAAGCGCGUAUUUGAGAGUUAAUCACUAUUUAACUACAAAAUAGUGAUUAAAAAAGUGAUUAAGAGUUUUAUACAACCGGCCCCAACUAUCACUUAACCCGCCAUAUUGACUGCCACUGACAAAUUAUUUUCAUAACCAGAAAUACAUGCAUCCAGCAACCCCUCGCCUAUAUUUUCCAAACAUUGAUUUGACAUGAAGUAUUAGUAAUUGGCCAACACUGAACGCAGACUCGCGUUGUACGUCAAAUGUUGCCAUAGCAACACGAUAACACAGAAUAAGUCCACAGAAAGCCGAUGGGUUUUAUGGUUGGGAAGAGUUCUGCUAAACCCAGUUUGAAGUUGCACUUGUUGUGCCUUGGAAUGCAGCCGUUGUAUCAAUACGUGAAAAUAUGUGAUUUGGCGUUGUAAACAGAGCGAGGACAAUGUCUAAAUUAUUCAUUUAUUGUAAUUACUCAAUUCUUUUCAAUGAUCUAUUGUAUUGGUAGCGGUUGCCGUCGCGUUGCCGUCCUAAAAUCGUAAGGUCUCUAAUAUUCAAAAUGGCGGACGUCCGGGGGGGUGUCUCUCAAACUCGCACUGGCUAGGACCAUGGCGUCACCAUUUUGAUGAUCAAUCAUGGCGUGGCAGCGGGUAACUAUACAAGAAUGAAUUUCCGAAAUGUUUACUGUAGGUAUGUUAUUUUGCAUUUUAUGAGCUUUGAUUGAAUAUAAAAUUUAAUCUGAAACGCUUCGUAGAAUGUUUUGACAUGUUCAUUCAACUAAACUGCUUUUGCAGAUAAACUACAAAAUGACCCGAUUAUUGUUUACACAUUUCUCGACCAUCGCCUAUAUUUUUCUCGAAUAUCGUUUGGAUUUUUCUCAAUCGUCGCUGACACUGUUCUCGCCUAUCGUUUACGCUUAUCUCAUUCUCAACUAUCGCUUACACUUCUCGAUCAUUACUUACAGUUAUCAAUAGACGUUUGUCAAGUUUUGCUUGCCAUACGAAGGCAUGCCUUAACAUACCUGCGUACAUGUUUGAAGCGUUGAACCAAAUUAACUGAUUUUUAUUGCAGAUAAUCAACCUUGGAGAAACCAUCUUACCCAGCAUGGGUAUCAAAGCAUUGAGUGGCGAGUGGUUUUACGAUGAUGUAACUCCGAGGGGAGUGUCCUUCGAUGGAUUACUCCCUCAAGCAUGUAAGACCCCAUUGGGAAACAUGAAAGAUUUUGAGCUAAUUCACAGUCCAGCAAACAUGGCAGAUUUCCAGAACAACUAUUGGCAUAAGAAGAAUCCCGGCUUAGGAGAGAUUCUGUUAACUGUUGCACCACUGGAGUCUGACAAACACAAAAUGAUUGACCAUUACAGAAUGAAGCUGGAAAACAUUUUGAGUAGUCCUUGUGACUCAGACGACUGCCACUACCAUGUUCCAAGCAGCAAACAUACCAGCCGUGGAGCUUGCAGAGGAAUGAGUGCGCUUCGAAAAGAUUUUUCGCGUUACGGAAAAAUGCUACCUAGCCUCGACAAGUCACGUGAAGACGGAAAGUUGUACGAUGUUAAGAAAGACAUUUAUCGGUUGACAGAUCGUGUAAUUGCAGGGCUUGCAAAAUGUUUCGGAAUUAGGGGCAACGGAGCUUUUGAGAUACUUGAUGAGCUGGGAAAGAAGAGAAUAAUUACAUCCAACGGCAGGGAAAAUUUAGCAAGUGUUGCGGCAAUUGCCCUCAAACUUAGAAUGAGUACCUAUCUUGAAGCUGGAAAACAGGGAGAGCAAAUGAGAGCAAAUUCCAGUGAAGAAGAGAGCGCAAGGGAAACCAGAUCAUUUUAUCAUUUGCCGAGCGAGGAAGAACUUUUUCACUUUUUCUUCAUCGCAACCCCUUUGUAUGACGAGCUGAGACGAUCUUUUCUGUUAGACGAAAAUAUCCCAGAAUCGUUUCCAAAACAGGCGUUCUUCAACUGUUCUGACGCCGUCAAGGGGCACAUUUACUGUCGGAUCCUCAAAUACGACGAAGCUCUUCAAUGUUACGAACGUGCGCUUGAACUAAACCCUGAAAAUAUCGAACUGGAACUUCGUCAAAUUGAUGUCCAGCUCGCAAAAGAUAGAAGCGCGGAAACGGCAAUCUUGAUAGAAGAUAAACUUGAAGCUUUAUUUCGUAGAAUGUGCCAGAAGUGCAAUCUUCCAGACGGAGAUGUGGAUCGACGUGGGCACUAUGUUCCAAAGGUCGACGACUCUGCCAAGUCUCUGCAAAGUGACGACGCAUGUCAAUUACUAGACAUCUUGUGUUAUAUCUAUGAUUUUCAUGUGUCCCAAGGGAAUUUCGAGUUGGCUGGGAAGAUUUUUGAUCAAUGUAUGUCGCUAGGAAACGCGGAGAGAAACGAUGAGUUCAAGCUGUCCUUGAUGAAUUUCGCGUUUUUAGAAAUGUGUGAGCAGCUUGAUCAAGAACAGUUUGAAAGAGUCACUUCUGUUUUGAAUAAGACGAUAGAAGAGGAGGGAAUUAGCACGUGUAGCAUUGUCUACUUAAACGAUCUGGGUGGAUCUCUCUUGGUUCAAGGAAAGUAUGAACAAGCUUAUCAGUCUUUACAACGAGCACUCACAAUGGAGCGUACUCUUUAUGGUUCUAAUUUCAACCCACAAGUCAAGACAACGUUGACUAUGCUUGGAGUUAUAUCAGUACGUUUACGAAUGUACGAGGAAGGCAAGAUUUACUACGAACAGUUGUUACAUUUGUGUGAAUCACUGAGCGUGCCAGGCGAUAGAAUGCUAAUCAGAGAAGCACAUCUGUGUUUAGCAUUCCUCUGUGCCCAAACUAACCGUCACGAAGAAGCUAUAUCCAACUUUCAGGAAGUCAUAGCACUGUUGACGAAGGGUACAUACGAAAGAGAGUCCCUUUAUGAAUGUGUAGCCCACAUCCAAAUAGCGACUUCGUGGCACGCCUUGGACAAAAAGGAAAAGGCUUUAAAAUCUGCCUUGGAUGGGAAAGAAUGUUUGACAGGUAUCGCCGGCGUAGAAAUGAGAGUAGAUUUAACUUGUGCCGUCGCUGAGGCCUUCGCAGGAAUUGGAAGACACAAGGAAGCGAUGUUACUGAUAAAGAAUGGACUCGAGGAGCUCGAUGCAGAGCUAGACCUGAAACACAAAGCAGAGUAUCUGAAAUUUCUUGGAGAGGUGUCCGUACAGCAAGGCCUCGCCUCUGACGCGGAACAUUACUACAAGGAAGCCCUGGAGAUCUUAAUGAUCAACAAAGAGAACACGUCCGCCAUCGUGGACUGUCUGUUGGAGCUUUGCAGCAUACUGCUUGAGAAAGGUGAGUCAUCCGACGUCAGAAGCAAGUUGGAUGAAGCUUGGAAAUAUGCUUCGAAUGUGACAGACGAUAGUAAAAUGUGCAUCUAUAUCAGAAAGAUUGGAGAAUGCUGGGAGAAGCUUGGGGAUGUCAAUGAAGCUCGAAAUUGGUAUAACGAUGCACUCGCAUCAAGUGUUCUGAUAAAUUUCCCACUGUUUGAAUUUGACCUGCUCGUUAAGCUGGGGGACUUGACGAAGCUGUAUUUAAGCUCUACUUCAAUCAAUUCUGAUAUUUCAGUGUCAUUCGAACAGAGUCAGAAAGCUCAACGAAUCCAUUAUGAUCGUGCUGGUAAGGUACUCCGUAGUCAUUCUUCAUCCGGCAAUGUUAAUUUCAUGACCAUCCAGCGGUUCGUCGCACUGGCCUCACGAUAUAGCUCAAUUGAUUCAGCAGAGGAAGAGAAGCUUCUUUUUGACGCUUUGAAAAUUAGCGAUGCAAUAUUAGCAGCUGACACAACCUGUGAGAUAGUAGCUGGAAUUUUGACUGGACUGUCGGAUAUUAAAUGGUUUACAGGGGAUUACGUAUCCGCUUCAGACUUCUUGGAACAUUCGUUAAAAAUGGAAAUGGAAUUACAUUCAUCAGAUCGAUACCAUCCACAUAUCCCUGAGCUACUUUAUAGGUUAUCUCGCCUUCAUUUGAAAAAUACAGGUCGUGAGCAAUUGGGAGAGGCAAUCCAGCGUGUUCUUGAAUUCCUCGAGGCCCACCAAGAAGAAGAGGUCUUCCCUAAUACUGUCGCUAAGGAGAAUGCUGCAGUUUGUCUCUUGUCAAUGAGAAUUUUAUACUUGUCCUUGGAGGACGUCAAAAAAGCCAACAGUGCACUUGAAAUGGCAAAUAAAAUUUUAGAAGAAAUCAGAGAAGAUAAUUCUCCCAAGGAUAAUACAAUGCAUACGAUUACUCGUGAGACAAGCGUUCAAUAUCCGAAAUUUCUAAAUAAUAAAGAGUUGGUUUCCACGGUUCUUAUACCACUAUUCUUUCCCUAUGCCACUGAAUUGCUACUUGACGAAUCAUCACUGACUGGGGAAAAUCUUAUUUCCAUCUUUAGUGACUUAGACACUUACACUGAUAGAACUGAAGUGAAUACGCAUGGACAGCCACAAGAACGUUUAAGUGAUACGAACACGCAUUCCCAAAACCCUAAAAUUGCAACAUUGCUCUCAGCCGCCGAUUCCUUCCGUCCGUACCUCUGUACAACAAGAAACAAAGGGUCAGAGACGACGACAGCAGGCUGUGAUGAAAAACAAUGCAGGGAUAUUCAAAGUUUUCAAUCAAAAAUCGACUCUUUAUCUGUGUUAGCGGAAUUUGUCAAUUGCGAUCUAAAAAAGGGAAAUAUUCAACAGGCCUCCAAGACUAUCAAGGAUUCUUUCGAUCCCUUUGUUGUGUCGCUCAUUGAACAACAUUGCCCUGGCAACAUCGAGCCUGCUGAAUUUCUCAUUAAUGAAGCCCUUAAAGCGAAGGAAAACUACGGAACAAUGAUGAUGUUGGUAUAUUUAAAUUUGGCUGACAAGUUUCCAUCUAAAUCUCAAAGAAAAGCCAAAAUAUGUAAAUUGCGAGGAGAAUGCAAUCUGUCAGAGAGAAAUUACCGAAUAGCAGCCAUCAGUUUCUUUGACGCGGCUGGAUUUUUUUAUACGGACACAACGUCAGACCCUGAUGCUCAUGUUGAACAUAUAAAAGUUUUGAUUGACUUGGCAAAGAGUCACGUACUUUGCAAUGAUGUUGAAAGUGCCUGGAUUGCUUGUCAAGACGGUCUGGGUUUAAUAUCCACGCUGGAGUCCGGAGCGAUAAAAUCUCGUCUGAAAACAGAGUUGUUCUUGAUGGGUGCUAAAUCUUUGAUUCAUCUGGGAACUGAAGACUGCGAAUUUGAUAAAGCAGUAUCGUUUUGCCAACAGGGACUUGCUGCUAGCAAGCUAAUGGGCUGCAGCACAAGGACAGAGCUAUGGGAGUUUUUCGCGUUAAAUUAUAGGAUCCAGAAGCUCUUGGUUACUGCCCUUUCACGUCUAAAUAAAUUAGACGACUCACGAAAGAUGAUGGAAAAGAUGAUUCAGUUCUUGAGAGACAUAGCUGAUACUUUCGAAAUGACUUCGGAUGGCAUAGCAACAGACAAUGAUGAUGUCGAGUCUCUCGAGAUAUCUCGUCGCCUCUACUCCUGGAUGGGACAGGCCCUGGUAAUAUCUGGCGAAGCAAAUGAUGCUGUAAUCUGGUUGACAAAGUCAUUGUCAGCAUUCUUCGCACUUGGACUCCCAAAUACCAUUCCCGAAGAGGAAGAGUUCUUGGCCUUAUUAGAUGCAAUCACUGCUACCAAAGCAGUUGUCCCACAGGUUGAUUACACUCCGUUUGAACAGACUAUUGAAUUUUGUAUGCAAAAGUUACAAGACCAAGACGACGACUUUAAUGUACUUUUGAGAUUUUUUGAGUUUUUGGGGCAACUCUAUGUUGACCGUGGAAGAGAUGAAGAAGCAAUCAUGCUAUAUGAGAGGGCGUUGGCAGUCAUCGAGUGCAUGGGGAAUUCUAAUGAUGCAAUGGAUAUUCGUGUAAUGAUAAUAGUGUACCUUGCUCAUAGCCAUAGACGCCAAGCAAUGAAGAACACAAAGAAAAGUACGGCCGAGGAAUGUGCAUUAGCUGAGAAAUAUUAUCAAACUGGUCUGAAGAUGACAGGAGACUUCGCAGUUUUUAAAGUUAGCUAUGCUAGUUAUAUUUGCGAUCAAGGGCGUUUCGCAGAGGCCAGUAAAGUGCUUGAGGAAGUAGCUGCAGUGGGUCAAACUCUAUGGGAUAUGCAGAUUACCUGUUCCUAUUCGUCGCGCAUCAUUUGCAGUCCAACUGUGAAAAGGUACAUCGAAGAUCACGGUGAACUCGUCACAACUGCAGGGAUCCUGGCAUACAGUACACUCGUUCGCGCGUUUGUCGGAAUGGGAAAGAAGAGAGAAGCAGCAGCAGCCUGUGAGAAGCUGUCAAUGAACGGUGAAGAGAUAGAAAUCUUUACCAAACGUCCUCCAUUCAUGCCAUUCCUGCUUGGCGCCUGUCACAAAGCGUUGUUAUCUCUUGUUGACGAUCAGAGUUGCUUGCAAUUUCAGAACGUGGUGUUUCCAUUGUCUGGAAGUAAUGUCGCAAAGCUGUACCGUGAACUAGACGUGUACGAGCCAACGCUUGAGUAUUGCGAGAAAGUCGGGUCGUCAGCUGCACCGUUGUCAAGUGAGCCAGCCGGAUCUUUGGACAGCACUUCAUUAACACUUUCUUCAUCGUGUUUAUAUGGUAAUGCUUUGGUGGAACUGGGGAAAGUGGAUGAGUCUCAUCCGUUCUUUAUCAAUUUUCUUGAGCUGCUGCAGAGCAGAGACGGAAUUCUGGACAAACCAUUUGACACACAGAAAGCCAUUCUUGCCCAGUACUCCUUUGCUAAUCAAUAUUACGUUUACGAUGCUCUAGGAACACUUAUGUCCAGGCGAGGAAACACUGACGGCGCCAUUGAAUGUUAUGAACAUUGUUUAGACUUGGAUGAGGAUUUCAGUUUUGGUCAAGAUGUGGUAGCAACCCUUGCUGAGCUUUAUCAGGUUAAAGCUUUAACAACACGAAGCGACGACAAGUAUCAUACACAAAGUGGAUCAUACACAAAGUGGAUGAAUACAGCUCAAGCAUGCUUCGAGAAGCUACGCCAAAAAACGAGAAAACUCACAUCUUUUCUAGAGAGAGCCGUUGGGUCAUUCCUUUGCCGACAAGAACGAUUCAUAGAAGCUAUUCCCCACUUCAAAAAUGUUCUUGAAGAUAAUGAUGAGACGUUAAUCUCGCUUUCAAGCGAAGACAAACCUUUGGUUAGCGUAUACCUUGAGCGUGAAAUAGGGCUAGGGGUGAAGUUGUUUUACCACUGA